AUGCUCGGCGAGUACUGCGGCGGCAAGGGCGGUGGUGGCAAGCCCGCGCGCGGCGGGGCCAGGAACACGUCCCGCCUCGUGGCGUCGCUGACGUGCCUCCAGUUCGCCUUCGCCAUCUAUGCCACCUUCCUGCUCUACUACAAGAGCCCCGCCGUGGACCUCCGCGUGAACGUGAAGCCGGACCUGGCGUGGGCCACCCGCAUCGCGCAGCACUGGAAGCAGAUCAUCACCACGCAGCCCGGCGGCGGCGCGCUAUCCCCGGAGGAGGUGUGCGAGCACGAGAGCAUCGACUUCGAGCAGAAGAAGUCGACGGACGUGGUCAUGAUCCGCCUCAAGCGCAAGCUCUACGACGAGGUGCUGGCGUUCCAGCGGCGGAGCUUCGGCACCGAGAAGCUGCCGGAGCUGCUCCGGAUGAGGUCCCGGUGGAGCGUGUCGGGCCCCAACGUGCCGCGCGUCACCGUCAUCCUCAACCACUUCAAGCGCCGCACGCUGUGCGCGCAGCUGGAGCAGCUGCGGCGGCAGACGCUGCCGUUCCACCGCGCCUGGGUGCUGUCCUUCGACAGCCCAAACGAGGCGUCGCUCCGCCGCAUCGUCGAGAGCUACAACGACUCGCGCGUCAGCUUCGUCGCCUCCGGCUACGACUUCAACUACCGCAAGUUCCGCUCCAAGGAGGCCGGGCUGUACCUGCCGGACCCGGCCUAUGACAUCACCGUCGACCGCAUCGUGCAGGUGGACUUCCUGUCCAGCUCCUGGUUCCUGCCCACCGACCUCGUCAAGACGCUCUUCAUCGAGACGCCCUUCACCUUCAUGACCGGCGAGGACCUCCACCUGAGCUACCAGCUGCAGAAGUACAUGGGCGCGGGCUCCUUCGUGCUCCCCGUCGACCCCAACGACAAGGAGACGUGGGGCGACAGCGAGCACCGCCUCGCCUACGUCUCCGAGACCACCGUCAUCUUCAAGGACAUCGUGCAGGUGCGGGACGAGCAGUGGUGGCGCGCGCUCACCUCCGGCUACGUCACGCGGUGGGCGGCCAUGCACCCGCAGAAGGUGGACGCGCUCUUCUACGCGCACUCCCUCGGCGAGUACUCGCCGAGCAUACCCUCUAGGGAGUCAUCGCCGGCGCUGUGCGGCGAGUUGCGUGCACGUGCGUGCAGGGAGGCGGCACAGGGGCACCGAGGCGUACAGGACCUCGACCAUUCCUGCACGUACCACGACAAGCUCUUCUUCUGCGACGACGAGCGGCAGUUCCUCCGCCGCGCGCCGUGGCUGGUGAUGAGGACGGACGACUACUUCGUGCCGCCCUCUCUCCACCACCGCAGUGACAUUGGCACGCUCAACGUGGAGUGGCUCCAGAUCGGCCUCCAGUUGGGAGACGCCCGCGUGUUCUUCAAUGCCGGCGACACGGCCACCAUCCAGAGCUCGAGCUUCGGAGACGGGGUGCGGGUUACCAUGGACAUGCUCAACCAGGCGUUCCUCGAGGGAAUGGAGGAGGCCAACAAGUUCUUGCCCUUUUCCACCACAACCAGCAUUUUUGGACUCGACGCCACCUCCAGAGAGCACCUGCCCAUCAGGGACGGCAGCAUGGUGCCUCGUGUCUUUGCCUUACCCAACACCAACAGUGUAGCGGAUGGCAGAGUCAGCGGCAGAGGCUGCAAGGAACCGGCACAACUGGGACGACGACGCCGAGACCGGCAGGAGGAGCAACAAGCUGCUGGCACCAGAGCCGGAGGAGAACGGCGAGCAGGUCGACGACGUGUUCGUCAAAGGUUACGAGCUGUCCAUGGAGAAGAUGCACGGCCUGGGUAUCAGCAGCAACAAUGGCAGCACGUCUAG